AUGUACAUCGCUCUCUACUACAUAGUCACUCGCCUCCCUGACUCCCUUCGCGUAGUCAGGGACCACUUCCUCUUAGUCUGUCCCACCACUCUCACUGUUGACCUCCUCGAGAAGGCCCUCCUAACGGCAGAGAAGAGCAUAGUCGCUGUAGGAGCCUCUCGUGGUGACCCGCGCACCCCCAUCUUUGAGGGGUGUUCUCCUCCCCCCCUGCUGCCCUCUGUUGCCUUUGCUGCUGCUGCCGACCUGCUUGGUCUUGAGUCGGUCGGCGCAGCGUCUGCCCCUAGCGGGAGACGCCGCCCUGGCAAGGGCAAGGGGGGCAAGGGCGCGGGUGGAGCUAGCAGGGGCGGUGGAGGUGGCGGUGGAGGCGGCGGAGGGAGUGGGGGUGGCAGUGGGAGUGGUGGCGGGAGUGGUGGCGGUGGUGGCGGCAGCGGCGGCGGAGGCGGGUGGCGGCGGAGGCGGUGGGAGCGGAGGCGGUGGUGGUGGCGGAGUGCUGAGGGUGACUGUUACCGGUGUUUCCCGCCCGACCCGGGCAUUGGUGCGGUUGCGCUAGGUGCUUGUGAGACUGCGCUCUCAGGUGCUGGUGAGGCUGCGCGCUUAGGUACUGCUGCCCCCUCGGGCACCCUGUUUGGUCUGUACCUCCCCUCGUUCUCGACGAACUUGGUAGCUGCGUCGGGUCAAGUGUUUGCUGCUGCGUCCACGUCUGGCCCUGAGUCUGCCCCCUGCUCGUGUCGUCUCCUGUCUCACGAGACUCUCCUAUGGCACCACCGUCUUGGCCACCCCUCCUUGCCUCAUCUCAGGGACAUGGCUUCCCGUGUCCUUGUCUCUGGUCUUCCCCGGUCUCUCCCUCCCCUUCCUUCGGGGCCAGGACCUUCCGGUGUCCCUUGUGUCGAGGGGCGCCUCCGGGCCGCCCCCCACUCCUCCCAGUUUGUUCCGACAAAGGCUCCUCUGGAGACAAUUCACACGGACGUGUGGGGCCCGGCCCGCGUCCGUGGACAGGGUCACGAGCGCUACUUCCUGCUGGUGGUUGACGACUACUCGCGUUUCAACACAAUCUUCCCCUUGCGCAGCAAGGGUGAUGUCACUGAGGUGUUGAUCGACUGGAUCCGCGCUGCUCGUCUCCAGCUCAGGAGGAGCUUCGGCUCGGACUUUCCUGUUCUGCGUCUGCACUCUGACGGAGGCGGAGAGUUCUCCUCUGGCCUCCUCCGAGCCUACUGUCGUGCGCGAGGCAUCCGCCAGACCUUAACGCUUCCGGACUCUCCGCAGCAAAAUGGGAUUGCUGAGCGCAGCAUUGGCAUGGUUCUGGACGUCGCUCGUUCGUUCAUGAUGCAUGCGGCUGCCCCCCAUUUUUUGUGGCCGUUUACGGUUCGGUACACGGCGCAUCAGAUCAACCUUCACCCCGGGGUUUCCCGGCCGGGGAAGGUCCGUACCUCCCCGGCCCUGCUGUGGACUGGGACAGUCGGCGAUGCGUCUGCGUUCCGGUGGCAGUUCUACCACCCCUCCUCUCGUCGUGUUCUGUCCUCCCAGGACAUCACGUUUGACGAGUCGGUCCCCUUCUACCGCCUCUUCCCCUACCACACUCCUUCCCUCCCCCCGCCACCGGACUUCCUUGUGCCAGGUCCCCCUUAG